CACAUAAUUUUUCUAAUUAAUUGCAACAUGUUCGUAAAACUGGUAGUUUUGGCUUGCUCGUUGGCCGUCAGCCAGGCCGUAUGGAAUGGCCCUUUAGCAGGAGGCCAGCCGGCCCAUCUUUACCCAGCUGGAGUCAGCCCGCAGGCCUGUCCCAACUUCCCCAACUGCAACAACCCCGCCGUCGCCGCCAAUCCCCAACAGCCCGUCGCCCAGCAAUGGAACGCCCAACCCCAAUGGAACGCGCAACCCAACCAAUGGAACGCCCAACCUAACCAAUGGAACCCCCAGCCCAACCAAUGGAACCAGGGUCAAUACAACCCCGCGCCGGUGCCCCAACAAUGGAACAACGACGCCCAAGGCAGGUUGAACCGAGGCGAGUACAUUGGAGACGGUGAUUACCACGGCGAAGGUCUCGCUGAGGCUCUUGCACCAGGAUACGAGAACCAGCAGAUAAUCAACAGUUGGGAGAACUCGCAAGGCCAACAGCAACAACAGUGGAACCAGGGAGCGCCGCAGAACGCCCACGGCGUGGGACAGAUACCGGCUGGCGUGGACGCACGCUCGUGUCCCAACUACCCCUUCUGCUCGUAAGGGUGAAGCCGCCAGGCUGACGACGUGUUGCAUCAUUUCUUUAGCGUAAUUUCUCCUUAUCGUCUUCGACUCGGGCGCUUCAUCGCGCGGUUUUUUUUUCUUUUU